UUUCAAAUAAAUUAUAACUUCUAACUGCCAUUUUUAAAUACCUUUCUUGCUGAUUGCUGGCUCCAACAGUACACGUACAACUAUAGUGAUUCUACAAUUGUGAAUUUUCAUUUUGAGACAAAUGUAUGAAUCCCCCUUAAUACUCGAUGCUCAUUAGUUUCCCAUCCCUGGAGACAGGAAUUAGUCGUCUGCUACACACGUUUCCUAAUAAAUAUAACCAACAAAAGUUGACAUUGUAAACGUCGUAAACAUUUAUUCAAGAAGACAGAUUUCUUACGCAUAUUUCCAUGCAUAGAACAAUAUUUUUAAAAAAAUAAUUCAAUAACACAUCAAAAACAUAUUAUAAUGGAAAUUGAAAAAGUGAAAAACGAAAGAAAAUGUUUGAGAAAACAAAAGCGAGCUCAACAUCGACUUGCAAGAGAUUUAAAUAUUUCCUGCUCGGAAUCUCCAACUAAGUAUCUAGUGAUCUGCAAUGCUGGAUUGGUAACUGGAUUGUCCGAGGAAAAUUUAAAAAUAAUUUUAGAUCCACUUGUAACGAAAUAUUCCAUAAGAAUGCCACCUGGAAAAUCCUAUUGUUUCAUUGAAUUUCCAAAUGAAGCGGAUGCAAAAACAGUGUAUGAUCAAUUGCACGGAAAUAUGAAAAUUUUACAAGAAAAAAAUCCCCUCUACUUGACCUUCACGACAUCAGUUCCUGAAGUGCAAGAAGAUUAUUCUAAAUACGUAAUUCCUGGUUUGAGAAUAAUAGAAAAUUUUCUCACAAUCGAACAAGAGGAACUUUUACUAAAAAGUAUUGACUGGAAAGAAGACGAUGAUGUUUCAUCGGAGCUGAAACACAGAAAGGUGAAGCAUUUUGGUUAUAAAUUUUGUUACGAUACAAAUUCUGUGAAUGUUGAUGAACCAAUAAUUCCAAUUCCCGAUGACUAUCAUUUUCUGCAAAGAUUAUUCGAGGACGCUGGAUGCGGUGAACAUCAAUUUGAUCAAAUAACCAUUAAUCGCUAUUUACCCGGACAAGGUAUUCCUCCGCACAUUGACACUCACAGUGUAUUCGAAAAUACGAUUUUGUCUCUAUCAUUGGGAUCGGCGUGCGUAAUGGAUUUCAAGAGAGGAAAGGAGAAAAUAUCAAUUGUCCUGCCAGGACGUUCUCUAUUGGUGAUGAGUGAAGAAUCACGAUACGCGUGGUCGCAUGGAAUUUGUCCACGACACAAUGACACCACGCAAAAUGAAAAUGGAUCGGCAGUUCAGAAACGUGGAAUCAGAACGUCAUUUACUUUUCGAAAAGUUCGUACUGGAAAUUGUCAGUGUCAAUAUCCGGAAUUUUGUAACACGAAAAAUAGUCAAGAAACAAUCAGUGAACUAAAUGCAAAUGGCAUUGAAAAUUUAUACGUUCACGAGGUUUAUGAAGAAAUUUCGGACCAUUUCGAUCAGACUAGACAUAAACCUUGGCCGAAUGUUUCCGCAUUUUUGGACACAAUAAAAAUUGGUGGUCUGCUUUUGGACGUCGGUUGCGGAAAUGGAAAAUAUUUACUUGGACGUCCAGAAAUUUACAAAAUGGGUUGCGACAGAAGUUCGGGAUUAGUCGAAAUUUGCCGAAAACGUGAAUUCGAGGUGCAAAUUUCAAAUUGUCUCUCGCUUCCGUAUCGAGACAAUUGCUUCGAUGCAGCAAUAAGCAUUGCCGUGAUUCAUCAUCUCUCGACGGAGGAGCGAAGAAAACGGGCAAUUUUCGAAAUUGUCCGCACCUUAAGGUCGGGGGGUAAAUGUUUAAUUUACGUAUGGGCCAAGGAGCAAGUGAAGGACUCAAUGCAAUCGACAUAUUUGAAAUUUAAUUCAUCGAAAUUGGAGAAUCAGCAGCAGCAUCGCGAACGGGAGAAGAAAGAGCUUUUUGGAAUUACGCUACCAGUGCAUGAGAAUCGUACGGAAUUCACGUAUCGCGACAAUUUAGUUCCUUGGAAGAGAAAAGGUGGCGGUACAUUUUUACGAUUUUAUCAUGUGUUUGAGAGUGGUGAACUCGAAGCACUUUGUUCCUCACUUCCUGUUAAUAUCGAAAAGUCCUAUUAUGAUCAAGGCAAUUGGUGCAUUAUUCUCGAGAAACAAUGAUGAUGGUGAGUCAGUGCAAUGCUACAAUUGCGUGGACGACGUGGAUUACAUUCCAGGAAUGCCAAAAUGUUCUCUACCAUUUUCACCACACGAUAAUAAUAAAAGGUGUAACGAACGAGGUUACUGCAUGAAAGGCAUUGGC